AUGUACUCCCAGGACAGGCCACGUUACUCUCGCACCGUUUCCCGCAUUGCCGCUGGUGAAUACGACGCCUAUCAAGAGCGAAUUUCCGCCGAGAGUCUGGGAUGUUUACUGUCGGAUCAUGCUCAGCAGAACCUUAUUCAGCAACAAAUGGCGGAGAUGGAAACCAUUCAGCGUGUCAUACAGAGAGAGAAGCACUACUUUGAGUUUCGGCACAAAAAGGCUAGGCGUUUCGACUGUGACAACCCUGAAGAUAGUGAUACCGAGUAUGCGCUUUUUCCCACCAACAAUAACGAAGUCUGGGGCUCCGGAGUUAACAGUGAUAUCAGCAUCAAUACUCCUCCAUAUGGAAUUCCCUACGACUCCGAACAGCCGUUUGGCUCGCCAGACCGCCCCGAUGAACGGAUGACCUCAGCCCCUGUUACCCCGGUUCAAGUUCACAAAUAUCCCCACCCUGUCCACAAAGCUGUAUCCAGUAUGUCGGGGGAUCUGGAAUUGGACCUGAGUUUUCACAAGGAGGAUACCUCCGAGGCAACCUCCAUUGCUGAGCAGCCCCCGACGGUCGAAGUCUCCCCGCCGACACCGCCUGUCGAUGCUACGAUCCCCAAGAAAAAAAAGAAAAAAGCCAAACGUAAGCCGAGACACACGGGGAAGAAAGCCAAAGCUCGUGCUGCCGCCGCCGCUGCUGCCGCCGAGUAUGGUGUGUCGUCCGAAAAGUCCGAUGACUACGAGAAUACCGUGGUUCAAGCUGAAAAUAUCUCGGCUUCAUCUGAUAUCGCCAAUCGAAUCGAAGCGAAACUUCCAGAAAAGCCGGUUACUUAUACACCAAGCUCAUCCUCUGUCCCCGAAAAGGACUCACUGAAUUCUCGGCAACCAUCUUCAGAGAUUGAUUUCCUGACUGCUGCUAAGCAUGACCUAGCCCAGCUUGGUCCAGGCAUCAUCCUGGUCAUAGAUAGAGAGGGCAAUGAGAAUCGGACAUCGCAACAUAUGAAUAAACUUGACACUACAGCGGUUACGGAGAUUCUGAAAGAAGCUUGGGAGCUCCAGGACGCUUGUUUUGCUGAUGAUGAGCAAUCCCCCGAGGAUAUCGCUCCUAUAGUGAACCGGUAUACUUUACGCAAUUGGAUUCUCCAUAUCCAAACAUUGUCUGUCACACCUACUCCAUUUGCGCGUGGCAGCCGGCUUGUAGAUUUCACCGGCGCAAGAUGGGCUGUGGUUGUUGGUAUUGCCCACUGCCUCAGCGAAGUUGUUGUUGUGCCCAUGCACCGGUAG